AAAAGCCAUGUGAAGGUUGAAAAUGUUGAGCAAAUCUACUUCGAUUUUCCGAUUAAAUCCCACUUUUUGUAGACGGGUAAAUUAUUUAAGUUGCCCAAAGAUGUGUCUCCAGUUCAACGACUCCAGAUGGGGAGUCUCCAAAGAUCGUCAACCCAUACCGUGUGAAGGAAGAGACAAAGGGAGAGAAGAUCAGCAAGGCAAUGAAAGCCUAUCUUGAUAGGGCACAGAAACAUGAUGUUUUCAUGAAAGAACAGAUUGCAGAGUAUGAAAUUGGUAAACGCCACCUUGCUAAUAUAAUGGGGGAAGAUCCUGAGUCAUUUUCUCAAGGAAACAUUGACGAUGCCAUCAGAUACCUCUUACCAUCAGGGUUAUUCGAAAAAAAAGCAAGACCAUUAUUAAAGCAUCCUGAGGAGAUAUUCCCCAAAAAGAAAGCUGCUCAAUUUGGAGUGGAUGGCAGACCUUUUCACUCCUUGUUCUAUACUGGGAAGCCUAACUUAUAUAAUAUCAUGCACGAUGCUGUGCAACAUCUUUAUGAACUCAACAGUUAUGAAGACACAAUGAUCCAGCAGGGAUGGCUUCAGCCCCCAGAACAUAUCAAAAAGGUCCUGCUUACUGGAAGUGAUUGGAUAUCAAUAGAUACACUGAAAGACAUUGUCCUAGAACCUUUAACUCCACAACUGUAUGACAAAUUCAUCAUAGUGAUGACCCGGCUCGCUGAGCAUCCGUAUUCUGAACAGAAGGCAGAAUUCAUCAUGAAGUUCAGGAAGAAAAUCCUACAGACUACUGCAUCUGUUGAAAAGCCUCCUAUACAAGAAACAGAAUCCGGCCGUAGAUACACAGAAGCAAAAGCAUCACGAAAAGAUGCAAAGGCAAUUGUUAAAGUAUAUGAAGAUGGAACUGGAAAAGUCACGAUAAAUGGAAAGUCAAUGUUGGACUACUUUAAGCAUGAGCACCAUAUAGAAAAAGAACAGAUAGCUUAUCCCUUACAGUUUACAGAUAAGCUCCUCUCUGUGGAUGUAGAAGCACAGGUUGAAAAAGGUGGUCUAAAUGGCCAGGCCGGAGCUGUCCGACAUGGUGUGGCAGUUGCCCUAACGAGCUUCCUCGAUGAGGAUAUGAUAGAACGGAUGCGCUUGGCUGGCUUACUCACCCAUGAUCCCAGGAGGCGAGAAAGGAAGAAGGCAGGACAGAAGAAAGCAAGGAAGAAAUUCACAUGGAAAAAACGUUGAGUGGAUUCUGAAAUUCCUAAGUUAUAAUUACAUAAAGAAAAGUGUAAGAAUCAGAAGUGAAUUUGUAUUAGAGUAAUGUAAGAACAAAAACGGUGGAACUGUUUUGGACGUA